AUGUCGGCGAAUUUGAACAUUCCCUCACCGACAUCUGAGCUUGACGAAGGCUUCGGUGAGCAGCCAUCGUCGCUGUCGUCGACGCCGACACCUUCCAGUCAUGUACAUAGAUCAAUUAGCCAAUCGGGCUCCCAGUCUUUCAGCAAUCAAUUUUGGUCUGCCGCUGACACACCUUCACACCAUUACCAAGGGACUUCGUACUUUCCUGCUCCUCGUUCCCCUUCAUCUUCGCGACAGGCGCCGCCCCCUCCAAUUCUCAUGCGGUCGUCUUCAGCUCAUUCAACGCAUUCGAUGCGCCGCGGAGUGCGAAGCACCAGUGUCAGCUCUACUGCCCGCGGAGGAUUCAGAGACGACGAGGCAUUCAGUGAAGCGGAUGAGUAUGAGGGUGAUGAAGGAGAAGGAACUCGAAAGCAACGGCGAAGUGGUGGUGGCGGUAGCAAGACCGUUUCCGUUGACGAUGAGCCGCAUGAAGACUCGGACGAGCAGCCUUUGUCGGAGCAAGAUUCUACUGGCAAAUCAGACGAUGAACCUGACCCAAUCACUCUCAAAGAACGACAGUCCCUUAUCAAUGUUGAGCAUCCUUUCGGUCUACCUAUUUGGAAACCAGCACUGUACAAGAAGUCACGCUCAGUGACUCGUUAUGCUGACGAGGCACUACAUUCUGUUCCCUCAGCGCAGGCCGAGCGUCACUUGCUUCCAGGUAACCUCUUAUGGGUAAUCAUAUUUGGCUGGUGGUUGGCUCUCGUCUGUUGGAUCGUCAGUGCAUUUUUGUAUAUUGUGCCCAAAGGCGGAAAACGAUACGCGAAUCUAGUAUUUGGUCUAGGCUGGUACAUUGCCUGGCCCUUUGGCAAAUACGUCGAGGGUGUCGCAGACGAUUUAGAUCAGGAAGAUAACGAGGAGAAUGAGCACAAUGAUGAACCUGAUGCUGAUGUUACUCCCGACACUGAUGAAGAUAGUGAUGCUCACGAGCGGCGAAGCAGUGGCUCGAGCAACACCGUCCGUGGCGUAAACGCGGAAAUCCAUCAUCAUCCAAGCCCGUCAUGGAUUCCUACUGAGCACACCUCUUUAAUUAGUACUACCCCCGCCCCAUUACCCGCCAAAUCAUAUGGUGCUUUGUCCGCAACACCCUCUUCUUCCACGUCUUCCAUUGGUCUUUCGAAGCAAGCGGCAGCACCUGACGAUCACUUCCUAGCCAAAGCAGCGUUUUGGACCUCAUUUGUGUGCAUCAUCGCGCCCCUAAUGCUGAUCGUGUGCCUCAUUUGCUGGUUUUUCGUUUUCACCAUACCAAUGGCUAAGCUCACUUGGGCGCUCAUCAAGCACAUUUUCGAACAGCCUCAAACGAUCAGGUUUUGUGCGGCUCCGCUUACGGUAGUCGUCGAUACGAUUCCGGCUUCUUCUCCAGAGCUGGAUCAACUUCACGAACAAGCUCAUGCUUCGUCUGAAUCAGCUCCCGCUCCGGACUCCCGGCUUUCCGUUAAGCAUACCAUCAGACCUACGAGGUUGACAAAAGGCCAGCGUGCUCCCUCAGGUUCACCAUGCACCGCUGUCCUGCUCUGCACCUACCGCGCACUUGGACUCAAGUACUACAAGUACACCGUCGGCGGAGUGAACAUCAUGUUCGUCAACCUCCUCGCUGUUGUCUUCUUCGCUAUUUUUGACUGGGCGGUGCUUCUUGCUUGGGUCGAAGAACUUGAGGAACAUGGACGUGUUGUCCCGAGUUUCCUAGCAGCUGUUGCGAAUCAAGGCGUCAUUUUCGUUCUUUCCCUACUUAGUGUCAUCCCACUUUCCUACUUUAUUGGUAUGGCCGUCGCCUCGAUCUCUGCUCAAAGCUCUAUCGGAAUGGGUGCAGUGAUUAAUGCGACGUUUGGUUCUAUUAUCGAAAUUCUCUUAUACUCAAUCGCCUUGUCCUCGGGUAAAGGUCGGUUGGUGGAAGGUUCGAUCGUGGGAUCGUUACUUGCUGGGGUGUUGUUGAUGCCGGGUAUGUCGAUGAUGUCCAGUGCGCUAAGGAGAAAGGAGGUCAAGUUUAACGCGAAAAGCGCGGGCGUGACGAGUAUGAUGUUGAUCAUGGCAAUUGUGGGUGCGCUGACACCGACAUUGUUCUAUCAGGUUUAUGGGACUUUCCAACUCGUCUGCACUGGAUGUCCUAGUAAUCCUUCUUCUGGGGACCCAAAUAAACCCUGGAGUUGUGAUCAAUGUUAUUUUCAACAUCCUGAUCCUGUACACGAUCCCUUCUAUCAGAGUACAGUCAAGAGCUUGAUGUUUUUUUGUGCGGCGGUAUUGAUUCUCUCGUACCUCAUCGGUCUGUGGUUCUCUCUUCGGACGCAUGCCUCACAAAUUUGGCAGAAUCCACAGCAGUUAUUAAAUCCUCUGGAUUUACCUCUGCACAACCCUUCACAUAGUCAACACCCCCAGCAAGCGUCGGGGCAUCUACGCCAGUCCCUCUAUCAUAAGUUAGUCCCGGCGAAUGUGCAACGCACCUUGUCCCACCGCGCCAGUGCGUUCAACAUCGGUGGUGGGGCGAGGCCGCAGACGCCUGUUACACCUCUCACCCCAGGCGGCACUCAGCGUCGACCGGCAUCACCCGUGUACCAAAGACGUGUCUCGUACGCGCCCGUUCCUACAUCCGGCGUUCCAACAACCCCUGCUACCGCUAUCCCGACUUUCCCACAAACCUCAUUCCUCGCUCCACCGACCUCGGCCUCCACUUCAGGAUAUGCGCCUAUCCUCGAAAGCGUCGACCAAGCUGUAAAAAACUCCAAUAUCAACUCACUGCAGUUACCGGAAACGAUGACUACAGAUGAGUUCACGAGGGCUGUUGCAGUGGCUACUGUCAGUGCUCUGAGGCAUCAGCAGCAAAGUACCCAGGGGCAUAGUCCGGCUCGACUACGGGCAAGUGGCCUGGAGUCUGAAGGCGUAGCUGGACAUGGUGGACAUGGCAGUGCCGCUGGCGGUCAUGGAGGUCAUGAUGCACCUAGCUGGAGUCGAUUCACGAGCGCGAGUGUGUUAUUGAGCUGUACGGCUUUAUAUGCUGUUAUUGCGGAAAUUCUCGUCGACGUUAUCGACGUCAUCCUCGGAGAUUCCUCUUCUGGCGGUUCUGCCAUCGACGAAAAGUUUCUCGGUGUCACUUUGUUAGCUCUGGUUCCUAACACGACGGAGUUCAUGAACGCGAUCUCGUUCGCGUUGAAUGGGAAUAUUGCGUUGAGUAUGGAGAUUGGAUCUGCAUAUGCCCUUCAAGUCUGCCUUCUUCAGAUUCCGGCAAUGGUUGCCUUUUCAGCAUGGUGGUUCCCUGAACGAAUGGGUGAGGUGGCGUAUACCUUCUCACUCAUUUUCCCUCGCUGGGACGUCAUCGCGCUCAUACUGGCCAUGUUCUUGCUGACGUAUACAUACAUCGAAGCGAAGAGCAAUUAUCAUCGGGGAAGCAUUCUCAUUCUCAGCUACCUCGUCCUCAUCGCCGGCUUCUAUUACGCCCCGCGCGCAGAGGAAAUGCUGCCCGAAGUUGAUCCUAACCAGAACCCGGUAUUGGACAACUUAGUUUCCGGCUCCUACGCCAGCCUGUCGAUGCAACAAUUCGACCACCUGACGUUCUGGGAGUAUAUGAGAUGGUAUCUAAGUGGGUGGUAA